AUGGCUUCGAAUGGUAUUAAAGCUACCGAGGACCCCGUCAUUCGAACAGCAAGCCCAGCUCCUUUGGCCCAAGACUUUGCCCGUCAACAGGUGUCAAAACAACAGCGUUCCAAUUUCCACUCGUCUUCCAUCUCUCCACUCAUAUCCAACACCAUGGUUUCUCAAACCGUCAACAAGACCAACCUCCAUCCUUCCGGCGUUGCGCCGAACAAGGAGCACACGGAGAUUGAAGAAGCUCUCCACGACAAGGCACACAUCGACUAUGACCGUGUAGCCAUUAUCGCCAACCCUUCAGUCGCUGCCCUCUAUGAAGAUGCGCUCGUAUAUGAGACUGGUUCAGCCAUCACAGCUUCAGGCGCCCUCUCAGCAUACUCAGGAGCAAAGACUGGCCGCUCACCCUCGGAUAAGCGCAUCGUCGAGGAAGACACGUCAAAAGACGAUGUCUGGUGGGGCCCAGUCAACAAGCCGAUGAAGACCGACGUCUGGCGUAUCAACCGUGAGCGUGCUAUCGACUACCUUAACACCAGGAACCGCAUCUACGUCGUCGAUGGCUUUGCCGGCUGGGAUGAGCGCUACAGGAUACGCGUACGAGUCGUCUGCGCUCGUGCCUACCAUGCUCUCUUCAUGCGCAACAUGUUGAUCCGUCCUUCAAGAGAAGAACUGGAACACUUCGAGCCUGACUACACCAUCUACAAUGCUGGUGCUUUCCCUGCCAACAGGUACACGAGUGGUAUGACUUCGUCAACAUCCGUUGCCCUUAACUUUGCCGACAAGGAGAUGGUUAUCCUCGGUACCGAAUACGCUGGUGAGAUGAAGAAGGGUAUUUUCACUGUGCUCUACUACGAGAUGCCCGUCAAGCACAACGUCCUCACUCUGCAUUCGUCAGCGAACGAGGGUAUCGAGAAAAAGGAUGUUACUGUUUUCUUCGGUCUUUCCGGAACUGGCAAGACCACUUUGUCUGCCGACCCCAAGCGUGCCUUGAUCGGUGACGACGAGCACUGCUGGAGUGACACUGGUGUCUUCAACAUUGAGGGCGGCUGCUACGCCAAGUGCAUUGGUCUCUCUGCCGAGAAGGAGCCAGACAUUUACGGCGCUAUCCGCUUCGGAUCCAUCCUCGAGAACGUCGUUUUUGACCCUACAACCCGUGUUGUUGAUUACGACGAUGACACCCUGACCGAGAACACUCGCUGCGCCUACCCCAUCGAGUACAUUGAGAACACCAAGAUCCCCUGCAUCUCAGACGGCCACCCCAAGAACAUUGUCCUCCUUACCUGCGACGCUCGCGGUGUCCUUCCUCCUAUCUCCAAGCUCAGCCCCGAGCAAACCAUGUACCAUUUUAUCUCUGGUUACACCUCCAAGAUGGCCGGUACCGAGCAGGGUAUCACCGAGCCCCAAGCCACCUUCUCCUCUUGCUUCGCUCAACCCUUCCUCGCCCUGCACCCAAUGCGCUACGCCAAGAUGCUUGCGGAGAAGAUUCAGCAACACGGCGCCAACGCCUGGCUUCUCAACACCGGCUGGGUCGGUGCCGGUGCCACCACAGGCGGCAAGCGUUGCCCUCUCAAGUACACCCGUGCUAUCCUCGACGCCAUUCACUCCGGCGAGCUCGCCAACGUCGAAUACGAAACCUACGAAACCUUCGGUCUCUCCGUCCCCAAGACCUGCCCCAACGUCCCUGAUGAGCUGCUCAACCCCGCCAAGUCAUGGAACGGUACCGCCGACUUCAAGGGCGAAGUCGAGAAGCUCGGCAAGCUCUUUAUGGAGAACUUCAAGAAGUACGAAGACCAGGCCACCAAGGAGGUUAUCGAGAGUGGUCCACACACUGACUAG